UCCCGGUGUCGCCGCCCCGCCCCGCCGGCCGCCGCCGCCAUCGCCAUGAAGUGCCACUACGAGGUGCUGGGCGUGAGGCGCGACGCCGCCGAGGAGGAGCUGAAGCGGGCGUACCGCCGGCUGGCGCUACGCUGGCACCCGGAUAAAAACCUCGAGAACGCGGAGGAGGCAGCGGAGCAGUUCAAGUUGAUCCAGGCGGCGUACGACGUGCUCAGCGACCCACAGGAACGGGCCUGGUAUGAUAGUCACAGGGAGGCUCUGCUGAAAGGAGGAGCUGAUGGAGACUAUCAAGAUGAUAGCUUGGAUCUGCUGCACUACUUCACUGUUAGCUGCUACUCUGGAUAUGGGGAUGAUGAAAAGGGAUUCUUUACAGUGUAUCGACAAGUUUUUGAGAAGAUUGCGAAGGAAGAGCUGGAAUAUAUGACACAGGAAGAUAUUGAAGAAUUCCCUAUGUUUGGAUAUUCCCAUAGUGACUAUGAUACGGUAGUCCACCCUUUCUAUGCAUAUUGGCAGAGUUUCUGUACACAGAAAAACUUUGCUUGGAAAGAGGAGUAUGACACACGACAAGCCUCAAACCGCUGGGAGAAACGAGCUAUGGAAAAAGAGAACAAGAAAACGAGGGAGAAAGCAAGGAAAGAGAGGAACGAGCUGAUCCGUCAGCUAGUAGCCUUUAUUCGUAAGAGGGAUAAAAGAGUACAGGCUCACAGAAAGCUUGUGGAAGAACAAAAUGCAGAAAAAACUAGGAAAGCAGAAGAAUUUCGGAGGCAACAGAAGCUAAAACAAGCCAAGCUUGCUGAGCAGUACAAAGAGCAGAGCUGGAUAACUAUGUCUGAUCUGGAGAGAGAGCUGCAAGAGAUGGAGGCACAAUAUGAAAAGGAAUUUGGAGAUGGAUCAGGUGGUGAAGAUGCAUUAGAAGAACAGGAGACAAAAAGCAUUGAAGACAAACUGAAUGAUGAAACUGAAGAAGCUGAACUUGUUGAUGGUCUGUACUGCCCUGCUUGUGACAAAUUGUUAAAAACUGAGAAAGCCAUGAAGAAUCACGAGAAAUCAAAGAAGCAUCGAGAGAUGGUAUCGCUGUUACGACAGCAGUUGGAAGAGGAGGAAGGGAAAUUUGCUGUGUCUUCAGAUGAUGCAGAUGGAAUACAGACCAAAGAGGAGGAAGAAACAGAAGACAUACCCAAACAGAAACUCUCAAAGAAACAAAGGAGGAAGCAGAAAACAUUGAAGAGUUACGAGGACUCUUUUGAUCAAAGUGCUGACGAAGAAACAGUUGAACAAAAGGAGGUGCCCAGCAUGGAAAAGGACAGUGGCUCAACAGAGGAGUUGGUAAAUGAUGGCCAAAGAUGUGCUGUGUCAGAGGACACAGGCGUUACAGAUGAUGUCAGCCAAGAGAAUGAAACAAAAAGUGAAGCAAAAAGCACUAAGUCUAAAGGGAAGAAAGCCAAGGAAGCAAAAAAGUCUGCUAAGGUGUCUUCAGAGAGCUCAGCAAUGAAUGAAGUUCCUAUCCACUGUGUAACCUGCAACUGUACAUUUCCAUCCCGAAAUAAAUUGUUUGAGCACCUGAAAGUCACAGGACAUGCAAGAGCAACAACAUCACCAACUGUAAAUGGAGCUGUGAACACCAAAAACAAAAAAGAGAAACGUAAAAACAGAUAGAACUUUGCUGCAGUGACAGUCUUCAGAAUUGUAACAGUAACACUCUGAAAAAACUGAAACAUGCACACUGCCUGUGUCUGGACUUAAACAAAGAAGGCAAAUACCAAUGUAGGAAAAAAAUGAAGAUGCACAAAAGGAAUACUGUCUUGUGGAAGACUCUGUGCUUUCUUCUGUUCUUAAAAGCCUUCCUUUAAUCAUAGAAUGGUUUGGUGUCAGGGCAGAGGUGGAUGUUCCUUCCACCAGGCCACCUUGUCUAAAGCCCUGUACCCUGAGCAGCUUUCACACCACAGGUGGGGAAAUAGUAAUUCAAAGCUAUUCACCCUGUGUUCCUGUAGAACCUGCAUGGAUUAUUUCCACACAGAGGAAAUAAUAAAUUAUUUUGACAUGUGUGCUGUUGCUUUUCUUUUGAGAGGGUACAGCUCAGGGUGAGUAGCCAGUAGCAGGGCCUAUGCUCUGUUGAUGAGAACAUGGUGCUGAGAACACCCAGGUCAUGGGUCUGGUCCUCUAUGGACCAUUCUCUUAGGAGCUGGGCUUGAUGAUCCUUGUGGAUCCCUUCCAACUUAGAAUGUUCUUUGAUUCUUGAUCCUCUAUCAAAUAUGAAGCACCAAGAUACGGACUUUUCUUCUGCCAUUUUCAAAUUACUUAAUUACAUUAAGCAGCAGACAGAAGGGAAGAAGUUAGAUGACAAAGCUGUUUAAACCAGUUUUGACAAUUGCUAUUUGUUUUGUACGGUUACCUCUGUGGCAGGUGUUGGGGAAAAAAGGUCUAGUGGAACAGCCUUGCUGGAAUAAGUGAGGGAGAAAUAAACGAAUGACAUGAAUUAAUUAAUUUGUUCUGAUUUCUAAGGAAAGGCACUACGCUUGUGUUUAAAGGCAUAAUCUGCCUGAUCUUCAGUAGGAAAAAAAAAUAAGGUGGGAUAACAAAUAACUGAUUUUGGAGUGGAAUUAGUUUGUGCACAGGAGUUAUGAAUGGAGUUGGAGAAGACAGUGCUCAGCAAAGGCUGUACAAUAUUGUUUAGGACCCAUGGAGUAAGAUUUGGAGAGGUACUGAUGCUCUGUUACCAAAGUUCC